AUGUCUAGACACUCUCAACUCAGCAUUCCCAAUGCAGAGUUCGCGGCUCUGAUUGCAGGACAAUCAUCUCAGUCUCUUCCGGAGGACCUCAUUGCUGUUCGAGAGGUCUUCAAAACGGCCUAUGCCAAGGGGAUGGAGGAGCAUUUUGGAUCCACUCUUCCUCCCGCAUCGGAAUACUCUGUUCAAGACUAUAAUAUUCCGGUCGGUGAUCCCUCUGACGAGAUCCUUAUACGGUGCUUGGUGCCUUCCUUCGUGAACAAACCGAGAAAGACUUUUCCUUUGUUAGUUUGGUACCAUGGCGGAGGUUGGGUGGCUGGGUACGCGGCCAUGGAUGACUAUUUGCUCAGGCAUAUAUGCGUGGAGAUGCAAAUCUCAGUGAUGAACGUCGAUUAUCGACUAGCGCCCGAAUUUCCAUUUCCGACAGGAGUCAACGAUAGUUACGCUGCUUUAAAAUGGGCUGUAUGCAAUACUGCCUUACUUUCCGUAGAUCUUUCGAAAGGUUUCAUCGUAUCGGGCCUCUCUGCCGGUGGAAACAUUGCGGCAGCCAUUGCCGUGCGCGCACGAGAUGAUCCAUUCUUCAAGUCACAGCCUCUCACGGGACAAAUUUUGCAUUCUCCGGCUGUCGUUCAUAUGGACGCCUACCCUGAUAAGUACAAAGACGAGCUCAAAUCAGCUGAAGAGUUCGCAGAGGCAGAGGUGCUUCGCGGUUCUUCAUUUCAUUGGUUCUACGGUCUUCUCCGCGCGCCGGCCAUGGAUCCUGAUAUCUCACCUCUACUUGCCACAACACAUGUAGGCCUGCCACCGUUAUGCAUGCACGUCUCUGGAAUGGAUCCAUUACGUGACGAGAAUUUCCUAUACACGGAAGUGCUCAAAGAGCAGGGUGUUCGAACAAAGCUGUUUGUAGCAAUGGUCAAGAUAUCCUGGCCUGCCACACGCUUUCGCGUUUUUCUUUCCAACUAUGUCCAUUUCUGGACAAUUCUGGAACGAUUUCAAGGAGUCCAUCGGCUGGCUUUUGCACAUGUGUACCCGUCGCGGGCGUCUGGGUAG